GAUGAAUGUGACUUUGACCAACUUACCGAAAGGACUGUCCACAGGAAAGAGUGAGAUCUAGACGCAAUUCGGACUUUGCACAGGCCAUAGAUUUCCACAUCUUUGAUCCAGAUGACAGCACCGCAUGACUGGCCAUAAUUCUAUUCACAGUUUCUCCGUUGACUGCUUGAGAAGUGUCUGCUGGUCUCUCUUUGGAAAGCAAACCCGUGUGUGGCGGUGUGGCUGAAGGCUUCUCAUUUUAACUGGUGAAUUCGACGGAGUAAUGGCGGAUACGUUGACACUUUUCACGUCCAUUGGACUCAGUGAGCAGAAAGCGAAAGAAACGCUGAAAAAUGAAGCGCUGAGUUCGUCCCUGAAGGAGGCAAUUACUCAGGUGCAGCAUGUCCAUGGGGCAUCAGGAGUGGACAAAGCCAUGGGUACAUUGCUGUACAGUAUGGCAUCUCGCCUUAAAGACACCAAGCGCCUGGCAUUUCUUUCAAACAGUAUAGCUCAGCGCAAGAUCUGCACAGAACUACAACUGGCAGCUGCUUUGGACUUUGUGAAGAGUCAUCCACAAGACCCCAUCAACCAGAAGGAGUUUGACGAAGCAUGUGGAGUGGGUGUUGUCAUUACACCCGAGCAGAUUGAGGAAGCAGUAGAAGCUGUGAUCAAGAAGCACAAGGAGCAGCUGCUAAAGGAGAGGUACCACUUCAACAUGGGACUGCUAAUGGGUGAAGCUCGCACGGCUCUAAAAUGGGCUGAUGGCAAGGUGAUAAAAAAUGAGGUGGACAUGCAGGUUCUGCACCUUUUAGGACCCAAAACAGAGGCUGACUUGGAGAAGAAGCCCAAGGCACAGAAAGCUAAAGUUGCAGAGAAUGAUGUGAAGAUGAAGAAGGAGGAAAUGGUGGUGAAUGGUGAUGACGUCUCUGGGGAGGGAAAGUCGCUAAUGGAGCAGCUCAGAGGAGAAGCACUGAAGUUUCAUAAACCAGGAGAAAAUUAUAAAACUGAGGGCUACAUCGUCACACCAAACACAAUGAACUUGCUUAAAAAGCACCUGGAAUUCAGUGGUGGACAGAUACGUACCCGUUUUCCUCCUGAGCCCAACGGUAUACUUCACAUUGGGCAUGCCAAAGCUAUCAACUUCAAUUUUGGCUAUGCAAAGGCAAACAAUGGAAUUUGCUACUUGAGAUAUGAUGACACAAAUCCUGAGAAGGAGGAGGAGAAAUACUUCACUGGCAUUAAAGAUAUGGUGGAGUGGCUGGGCUACGAACCUUAUGAAAUCACGCAUGCUUCCGACAACUUUCAGAAACUCUAUGACCUUGCUGUGGAUCUUAUUCGCAGGGGUCAUGCGUAUGUGUGCCAUCAGAAAGGUGAGGAGCUGAAGGGCCAUAACGUUCCUCCAUCACCAUGGAGAGACCGACCCAUCGAGGAGUCGCUGGUGCUGUUCGAGAGGAUGAAGAAGGGCCUGUUUGCUGAGGGAGAGGCCACACUCAGGAUGAAGAUGGUCAUGGAGGAUGGGAAGAUGGACCCUGUAGCAUACAGAAUAAAAUACACACCACAUCACCGGACGGGAAAUGAAUGGUGCAUCUACCCCACCUAUGAUUACACUCACUGUCUGUGCGACUCUAUUGAAAACAUUUCACAUUCACUGUGUACAAAAGAGUUUCAAGCCAGGCGUUCGUCAUAUUAUUGGCUGUGCAAUGCUCUGGACGUCUACUGCCCUGUUCAGUGGGAAUAUGGGCGGCUGAACCUUACCUACACUGUUGUGUCCAAGAGGAAAAUCAUCAAACUGGUUGAGACAGGCAUUGUCAGAGACUGGGAUGAUCCCAGACUCUUCACUUUGACGGCACUGAGGAGAAGAGGGUUCCCUCCAGAAGCAAUCAACAACUUUUGUGCACGGGUGGGAGUCACAGUUUCCCAAACGACGACGGAGCCCCACCUACUGGAAGCAUGUGUGAGGGAUGUGCUGAAUGAAACAGCACCUCGAGCCAUGGCUGUGCUGGAACCACUCAAAGUCACCAUAACAAACCUUCCUGAGAACUCAAAGACAGAUGUACGAGUACCAGACUUUCCUGCCGAAGAGGCCAAGGGCAGCCAUGUGAUUCCAUUCACACGCACAGUCUUCAUUGAACAAAGUGACUUCAGAGAGUUGAUGGAGAAAGGCUACAAGCGUCUGACCCCAGAACAGCCUGUAGGCCUGAGGCAUGCUGGGUAUGUCAUCUCUGUCCAGAAAGUCAUCAAGGAUACUCAGGGUCAAGUGGUGGAACUGGAGGUGAACUGCUGCAGUACUGAGACUGCAGAGAAGCCAAAGGCCUUCAUCCACUGGGUCAGUGAGCCACUGGUGUGUGAAGUACGUCUUUAUGACAGACUCUUCCUACACAAACAUCCAGAAGAUCCAUCUGAAGUGCCCAACGGCUUCCUGAGUGACAUCAACCCUAAUUCUAUGCAACUGAUUAGCAGUGCCUUAGUGGAUACCUCGGUCAAAGGAGCAAAAGUUUUUGACAAAUUCCAGUUUGAAAGAAUUGGCUACUUCUCCGUGGAUCCAGACAGCACCGCAGACAAGCUCAUCUUCAACAGAACAGUCACCCUCAAAGAAGACCCUGGGAAGAUCUGAUCGACU